AUGGCUGCAAGCGUACCACCAGACAGCCUCCAAUCAGAAGAGACGCCGUCAUUAGUAUCCCAGGAAACAAACGCGGAAAAGCGAGACUACAACUCCAAGUAUUGGCACCUAAAAUUCAGAGCUUUUAGUCCCUCAGAGGGGUCCGAUCCCAUCCAGGAUCUGAAGCGGAUGUCUGAGCUAUGCUUUAUGUGGUUGAGACCGGACCUGCAUAGCAAGGAGGAGAUCCUGGACCAGCUAGUGCUGGAGAAGUUUAUGAUCUCUGUGGGGCCAGAGCUGCAGGCCAUAGUGAUAGAGAACGGAGUGAAGAGCUGCAAAGAACUGGAGAAACUACUGAGGAGCGGUGGGAAACCGCGCCAAUGGUCCAUAAUCCACUCCCAAGGACAAAUGUACCUCCUUCGGCAACCCGGUGCUGAGAGUGCUGCAGACAUGAAGAAUGGAUGGGGUGAUGUGAGAUGGUCUGCAGAGCACCCAUCAGAGAGCGAGGAGCCCCCCAACAGAGGCCAGGCUCGCCCAGAGUUGCAGAACCUGCUGGAGACUGAAGAGCCGUCCACCAGUCAGGAAGAGGAAGUUUUUCUGGAGACGGUUCCUGCGAGCAGAGAGCCAGGCUACCUGAGACCUGAGUGGAACCAGGGGAGUGACUUGGUACGGGACUGGGAUGACCUGUUCUUACCUCAGGGCCCUCAGCCAACGCAGGAUCCUGAUCCUCUCCAAGCAGAAGCUGCCUCAGUGAUGCUCCAGGGAGACACAAACAUGGAUGCGGCCACACCGGUCACCCGUAUUCUAGCAAACAGGGAUACAGCUGUGAAUACGGGUCUUCAGAGGCUUAGCAGCUCCAGUGCAGACAGCUUGCCCACUCCCGCAGGAAGGGCCUCCUGUGUGGGUAAUACAGAAGAUGGGCAGUUAGCGGUCGCUACCCUACGACCUGAGGAGUCGGUGGUUCACCUCGCUGGCCGGGCUCCGUUUGGGUGCUGUCAGUGCGACAAGACUUUUCGUUACAAGUCUCAUUUUAUCAUCCACCAGAGGACCCACACAGGAGAGAGGCCCUUUCGGUGCCACUUGUGUGAAAAGGGGUUUCUGCAGUCCUCAGACCUCCGAGUUCACCAACGCAUCCACACGGGCGAAAAGCCUUACGGGUGUAGCAUCUGCAACAAGGUGUUUACCCAUGAGUCCUCCCUGCUGGAUCACAUCAGGAUCCACACGAAGGAGAUGCCGUACGUGUGUGAGAGCUGUGGAAAACGCUUCAACCACAAAGGCAACCUCAAGGUCCAUAUGAACAUCCACAGGGACGCAAGACCCUACAGGUGCCUGGAGUGCAAAGCGGCCUUUCGACAGAAGGGGACGCUGAUGCGGCACGUGAAAACCCACUCGAGAGAGGUGCCCUUGUGA